AUGGUAAUCUGCAACAGCGCAGCGGUAAGGCUGCCUUCACCAUUCCGUCGAUUCCCACGAUCCUCGUCGGCAAGCGCAAAGCCAAGGCUGAGCGCACUCGCGCUUCCGCCCACAUUCUUGGCACCUUCGAUCUAUGCGCAAUCUUUUUCGCUGCAAUCAUCACAUCUAGCCGCAGUAACUUCGUCCAGAAAGCCCUCCUCGAUUUCUGCGCGGGACCCCAAAGGAGAACUCAAAAGACUCGGCCAAAAAUCAAAAUGGACUCCCAAACCACCUCCAGCCGGCAAGAAAGCUGGCCAAAAACCUUUGAAGGCCGCCUUGCCAAAGCGAGAUCAAGACCAAGAUCGCGGCUUUCGCCUACGAGCAAAAGCGUUGCUCGACUCAUUGAAGAAGACCAUUCGCGACCUUGGUCAUCAAUCACCUCCAUCCCGUGCAAAAUCAGCUCAAAUCGAAACAGAAAUCGCCAAGGCUCUCACUCACUUCGAAGCUGAAAUGAAGGCGCUUCGUGUCAUGAUCAAGUCAAAAGAUGUACUCAUCGAUCCCGAAAAUGCCUGGAGGUCGGCGUCGCGCAUCAAGGGCCCCUAUAACGCCGCCAUUCGCCUAUGCAUGCAGAACGGAAAGAGUGAGCGUGCUUUCAAGCUCUUCAAUCAGAUGAAGAAAGACGGCAUCUUUCCGAGCGCGCCCACUUAUACUGUCCUCAUCAACGGCCUGACACGAACAAUCGUCGCCCCAACAAGUGCAACUUCGUCCGAUAGCGAGAUACAAGAAUCGCCUCAACACAAAACGUCGCAGCGGGUUCACGAAGUGUACCAAGAUGUCGAAAAGCUGUGGAAACAAGCUUUCCCUCGUUACUUUCAGCAUGCCGGAUUAGCACGUUGCAAAGACACCAUGACACUUAACAAGGAUGACUUCCACACCAUGACUGAGCAGUCUCGCCGCAAUCUCGUCUCGCAGCAGGCCAGCAUUCACGAGGCUCGAGAGUUCCCCAAAGUCCUCACCAAUGCAAUUGGUGCCUAUGCCAACUUCUUACGCCGCAUCGACUCCAGCGAUGAGCUUGCCAAGCUCUUUGACCGGCUCUUCCCAUCAACACUGAUCGACGGUAUGGCUGAUGGCCUAAUGCCGAACGCCUCCCCACAGGCCAAGCUGGAGCUAGCUAAUCGUAAGCUGUCCGACUGGUUGCCCCUCGGCGACAAGACGACUAUCUCCUCCUUUCUUCCUAUUCUAGAUGCACACAAUCCAGAUCGUCUUGUCGCUAUGGAACGUGUUUGGACCCGAUUGUACAAAUUGACGCAUCUGGAGCAACACGAGAAACACUCUUCGUCUUCACAGGCCAACAAGAAGCACCAGACGUCGAACUCUGCGCGCACAGCCGCUGCAACGGAUGGUGGCAAUGACUCGCAGACUGAAUGCAACUCCUUGAGAUUCGUUCCCGACGACCAGCUCAUGGUGGAGACGCUUAGUCGCUUAAAGCCGGCCCAGGACGCCGAUUCGCCCCAGGCGAUUCAGCUCGGUCUUUCUAUUCUACAAAAGGUUUACGGUCUCGACCUAGUAUCAGCGGCUGAUGGAAUCGUCAGAGAUCCGGAACUUCCAGGAAACUUGGACGCCUUCGGACCGGAACAGUAUCUCGACAAAGAGAAGAACGACUUUGGCGUAUUCGGCCAAUCGGUAACUGAACUGCGUUCUCCGGCUGUUGCAUCCUUGAUCUUUCAUCUUCUCGCUCCUUCCCGCGUAUGGAAAGAGAACGUUGCUUUCUUCAACUAUCUCUGGGCACAACAUCACGCUCGGAAGUACGACAACAGCUUAACUAGCAACGUCACGGACAUGCUUGGGGAAACAAGCGUGUUCGGCAACAUGCUGCAACCGAGCAAUGCCAUGAGAAUUCUCUGGAAUUAUGCACAGCAUGGAGAUCCUAUCGGCGCUCGCGUCCUUCUUGAGGCAAUGAAACGAGCCGCACAGAGUGCAUCCAAUCAGCGUUUCGAGACGCAUCGUGCCACUACCAUCCAAGCUCCUCACCUGAAGCUUGCUAUCCAGAGGUCGAGUCAUCGCUUGCAAGCGUCCGAGUGGAAGCCGGCUGAUCUUUGCUAUAUCCGAGCGAUGCGCGCCAAUUUGCAAGCGUUGCUGAAGAAACCGCACGGUCUAACAGCAUCAUCCUUGGAAGAGGGCGGCAGAUACGAUGCCUGGGCCGAGGCCAAAGCACUAUUUGGCGAAUGGAGAGAUCUUAAAGCCGCAGACUGCGACAACACGACGCAGCAAACUUCAAAUCGACGAGAUGCAGACAAAUACGACGCAUUAAGUCAUGCCAUACCUGCACGGGGAUCUGGCCGUUUCCUCAAAGACGUCAAGCAGAACAGGCUUGCAGAUAUGCACGCCGCCACAAUGCGAUCCUUGUUGCUCUCAAUUGCACGAGCAUGCGCUGCCAAGCAGGGGCCGGAAGGAGUAGGGAUCGCUAGAGAUGCGCUUAGAAUUCUCAAUCAGGGAGAAGGGCUGGAGCAGCUCGUUAGCCAGACAAAUCAGCAACUGCUACAACACGAACUUCCCACGAGCAAUCUGACGCCCAGCACAGAGACCUCAGCAGAGGCCAUCAAAGUCAACCCCUACACAUUGCUCUCGUUGGGCAGGAUCAUCGCCCUGGCUUUGGAUACCUCUAGCCAAUCAUUUGCCGCCAAAGCGGACGUUGAGCUGUGGAAGCGGAUCAGAAAGAUGCUUCCUGCACCGAGUGCUUUACAUGACGCGCACCCAAGGCUGUCUUCUAAACAAGGGCCCCGUUUGGCUCACUCUACUGGCCUUAGCAGGGAGAUGCUCAGCCGACCUGUCGGUGGAAACCGACUUCUACUUUCGAAGGAUGAUUACUCAGAGCUGGAAGCCGCAGCAGAAGAGGAGGAGCUGCACCAUCUGGGAGCGGAAUCCGAACAUUCUCACGGCAGUUCGUACCGGAUGCAGCGUCGAUCGCGCCACGUGGAACAAGAGCUUCAAAGAUGGGUGCGAGGUGCUUCUCUGUGA